CAGGGUGGGGGUCCUGUCUCCGAGGCGCUGCCCGAGGGGUGUCGAUGUGCUCGGGGUGGGGUGCUGUCCCCCUCCUUAAGCCGUGGGGGUCCCCAUCACAUCGCCCGGCACUUCGCGGCGUGACCGGAAGCCUCCUCCCUUCCCGUCCCCGGCGCUUUUGCCCCGUCAGCUCCGCUGUGCCCCACGGCCACCAGCUCCGUCGUGGGUCACCCCAUGCUGCCAGCCUGCUGGGACGGAGGGGCUCUCCCUGCUCCGUGGGGCCCUGGGAACGGCCAGUUCGGGGGGGCUGUGGGGCAGGGUUGUGGUGUCACACACCCCUCUGUCCCCCCGCAGAUGCCGUGAGCCAUGUCGGACGAGAAGCCCCCGCAGCUGGUGGACUACUUCGUGGUGGCCGGACUGACAGACACCUCGCGGCCGCUGGAGGAGGAGAACCAGCAGCACCGCGCGGCCCGUCCCAGCGAGCCCAUCACCGACGUGGCCGUCAUCAUCCGCUCGCAGGGCGAGGAGGUGCCCCACGGCUUCACCUGCAUCGAGACCACCACCUCGGGCCACCCCGUCGACCUCAACGCCGGGCUGCUCAACAACCCCCAGAUGUUCAUAUGUUACAAGCGGAGCCGCGACAAGCCCCCCCUCAUCGAGUUGGGGGUGCACUACGAGGGCAAGGACCGCCCGAAGCCGGGCUAUAAGAUCCUGGACACGACCCCCUACAGCCGCUCAGCCAACCUCAAUUCGGGGGGGCCGGGACACCAACGCACCUUCCUGACGUACCGGAGGGCAGCCGAGCCCCACGGCCACAACACGCUGGGGGUCACUGACAUCUGCCUCAUCAUGCCCAGCAAGGGCGAGAGCACCCCCCACACCUUCUGCCGGGUGGACAAGAACCUCAACACCAGCAUGUGGGGCCCUGCCCUGUUCCUGUGCUACAAGAUCGCCAUGGCCAAGGCCAACACGCUGGUCUACGAAGCAGGGCUGCUGGGACGUUACCCCGAGCAGGACAGCGAGUCCUUCCCCCUGCCCGAAUCGGUGCCCGUCUUCUGCCUGCCCAUGGGGGCCACCAUCGAGAGCUGGCCGGCCGACACCAAGUACCCGUUGCCCGUCUUCUCCACCUUCGUGCUGACUGGCGCCUCGGGCGACAAGGUGUAUGGGGCAGCCAUCCAGUUCCACGAGGCCUUUCCCCGGGAGCGGCUGUCGGAGAAGCAGAGCCUGCGCCUGGGGCUGCUGAGCGUGGUGGACCGACGGCCGGUGGCCGGCCGCUCGCUGCAGACCCGCAAGAGCAUCUGCGUCCUCUCCCACUGGCCCUUCUUUGACGUCUUCCGCAAGUUCCUCAUGUUUAUCUACCGCUACUCCAUCUCGGGGCCCCACGUGCUGCCCCUCGAGACGCACAUCUCCCACUUCAUGCACAACGUCCCCUUCCCGUCCCCGCAGCGGCCGCGCAUCCUGGUCCAGAUGUCCCCGUAUGACAACCUGCUGCUGUGCCGGCCUGUGUCCUCCCCGCUGCCGCUCAGCGGCGCCAGCUUCCUGACGCUGCUGCAGAACCUGGGCCCUGACAACGCGGUGGCACUGCUGGUGGCCGUGCUGACCGAGCAGAAGCUGCUCAUCCACUCCCUGCGCCCCGACGUCCUGACCAGCGUGGGCGAAGCCCUGGUGGCGAUGAUCUUCCCCCUGCGCUGGCAGUGCCCCUACAUCCCGCUGUGCCCGCUGGCGCUGGCUGACGUGCUGUGUGCCCCCGUGCCCUUCAUUGUAGGCAUCCACUCCAGCUACUUCGACCUCUACGAGCCCCCCCGGGACGUCAUCUUCAUCGACCUGGACACCAACACCAUCUUCCAGAGCGAGGAACGCAAGCUGCUGUCCCCCCGCUCCCUGCCCCGCCGGCCCUGCAAGGUGCUGCUGGCCUCGCUACACAGCCUCUCCCAGCAGCUGGACGAGAUGUACAGCGGGCCGGGGGAGGAGGCGUCGCUGGAGCUGCUGCUGAGCGACGCAGAGGCGGCGCGGGGCCGGCGAGCGCAGCUGGAGCUGGAGGCGCGGGCGGCGUUUCUGCGCUUCAUGGCCUGCGUCCUGCGGGGUUAUCGCUCCUUCCUGCGCCCCAUCGCCCCGGCGCCCGCCCCGGCCGGCCGCGACGCCAGCAGCCUCUUCGCCCUGCAGGCGUUCCUCAAGUCCCGGGAGCGGGCGUACCACCGGUUUUACGGGCAGCUGCUGCGCACCCAGCUCUUCACCCAGUUCAUCGAGGACUGCUCCUUCGCCAGCGACCGAGACCCCUGCCUCGAGUUUUUCGACACCUGCGUGGAUAAGGUGCAGGCAGAGCUGGAGAAGCCGGAGGACACCCCCCUGAUGGAGCUGGAUGACCCGCGGGGGGGCGAGCACACUGUCUUCAUCACCCCCCCUGAGCAGCCGGCGGGUCCCGAUGGCACCGAGCUGCCUGCGCGGGUACCGGUGAGACCCCCCCCUUACACCCCCCGGCUCCGCCACCCCCCGGGUCCCCCCAACUCAGCCUCUGCUCCCACCCCCCCCCCCAGCUAUGACGGGUUCCCCACCCUGCGCCCCGAACUCCUGGAGCCCCCCCGCGACCCGCUGGUGGCCCAGCUGUGCCAGGCCAGGAGCAGUGCCCCCAGCAGCCCGGCCCCGCGCAGGACCAAGCAGGAGAUGAAGGUGGCCCAGCGUGUGGCCCAGAAGUAUUCCUCGGUGCCCGAAAUGUGGGCCAAGUGCCUGCUGGGGCACUGCUAUGGCCUCUGGUUCCUCUACCUGCCCACCCACGUCCGCGCCGCCCCCGCCAAGCUGCGGGCGCUCCAGCUGGCCUACGACGUCCUGCGCAAGAUGGAGGCUCACAAAGUGGUGCUGCCGGAUGAGGUCUGCUACCGCAUCCUGAUGCAGCUCUGCGGGCAGUACGGGGAGCCGGUGCUGUCGGUGCGGGUGCUGCUGGAGAUGAAGCGCGCCGGCAUCGUGCCCAACACCAUCACCUACGGCUACUACAACAAGGCGGUGCUGGAGAGCAAGUGGCCGGCAGGCACCCAGGGCGGGCGCCUGCGCUGGGCCAAGCUCCGCAACGUGGUGCUGGGGGCCGCACAGUUUCGGCAGCCCCUGCGGCAGCGGGAACGCCGGGCUGCCGCCGCCCCCUCAGGUGGCCGAGCUCCCCCGGCGCCCCGUCCCAGCCUGCAGCGGCAGACCACCUGGGCCGGGCGCAGCCUGCGGGACCCACCUGCAGCCCCCCGGCUGGUGAAGAGCGGCAGCCUCAGCUUCCCCGGCAGCACCCAGGCUGAGGGGAGCCAGGGGGGGCCGGGGGAGCCCCCCACUACCCAGCCCCCCCUUCUUCCCGCAGCCCCAGACCCGCUGCCCCCCCGGCUGCGGGGUCCCCCCGGCUCGGCCGAUGGGAGCCUGUCGGACAUCAGCUUUGCCACGGAUGAGAGCGACCGGGCAGACGAGGGGCCGGGGGGUGCCGGGGGGGUGGCGGGGGGCACACCGCGGCGGGGGCUGGCCGCUAAGCUGCAGCAGCUGCUGUCCCCUGGCAAGCGGUCCCCCCUCCGGCCGGCCGCCAGCGCCGAGCUCCCCACCGGAUCCCGGGAUGCCGCCGCCGGCCCACGCCGGGGCUCCGAGCAGCGGGACGGGGACCCCCCGCCACGCCGCAGCCCCGCCGAGACCCUGCUGCGCCCACGGGAGCGCCCUGAAUCCACCGCCUCCGAGAGCUCCGUCUCGCUGGGCAGCGAGCUGGACCUGUCGGACACGUCGGUGGGCAGCACCGGCAUCCCCAAGUCCGCCGAGCCACCGGCUGACAGGGCAACGGGGCAGGAGCCGCCCGCCGUGGAGGUCCUGCUGUCCAGCUGCUCGCGCUGCCAGGGCUGCGGCGCGCUGGUGUACGACGAGGAGGUGAUGGCAGGCUGGACCUCCGACGACUCCAACCUCAACACCACCUGUCCCUUCUGCAACCGCUCCUUCGUCCCCUUCCUCAGCAUCGAGAUCCAGGACUUCCAGCUGCCCCCCAGUGCCACCGAGGAUGGCUCCCUCCCUCCUCCCACCGCGCAGGGACCAGUGCUCAGCGACCGCCGCCACUGCCUGGCCCUGGACGAGGCCGAGCCGGAGCUCUGCAACGGCUACCCGGACACAGCGGUGCCGCGGCGGUCGGAGCGGGUGGCUUUCGCCUACCUGAGCCCGUUGGUGCUGCGGAAGGAGCUGGAGAGUUUGGUGGAGAACGAAGGCGGCGAAUUCCUGGCGCAGCCGGAGCUGGUGGACAGUCACCCCAUCAUCUACUGGAACCUCGUCUGGUACUUCCAGCGCCUGGGGCUGCCCAGUAACCUCCCCCACCUGCUCCUGGGCUCCCAGCACGUCGCCCCGGCCCCGCAGGUAAAGUGGGGGGCUAUGGGGGGGGGAAUUGGGGGUGGCCGCCAGCCCAGCGGUCACCUGCCUGUCCCGCAGAUGCAGCCCCCCGAGUCCCCCUGCGUCCGCAUCCGGCUGCUCUGGGAUGUCCUGGCCCCCGAGCCCGACAGCAGCCCCCCGCUUUACGUCCUCUGGCGGCUUCAAAGUAAAAUCCCCACCCGGCUGCAGUCCUGGCAGCCCCACGGCCACCCCUUCUCGCCAGCCUUCCUGGGGGCCGUGAUGAACCACGUGGGGCUGAGCGAGGUGCACAAGGCCAUCACGCUCCUCCUGGAGACGCUGCCAGCACCAGGUGGCCCCCGCCACCCCCAGAGGAGCAUCUACCGGGAAAUCCUCUUCCUCACGCUGGCGGCGCUGGGCAGGGACCACAUGGACAUCGCCGCCUUUGACAAGAAGUACAAGUCUGCCUACAACAAGCUGGCGGGGAGCCUGGGCAAGGAGGAGCUGCGGCGGCGGAGGGCGCAGCCCCCCAGCUCCAAAGCCAUCGACUGCCGCAAGAGCUUCGGGGCCACCCUCGAGUGCUAGAGACCCCCCCGGGACACUGCGGGGGGGGGCAGCCCAGACCCUCCACGCCCCAGCCGCGGGGCGGGGGGAGCCCCCACCACAGCCCCCAGCUCACAAAGGGUUUUAUAUGUCAGUAUUAAUAUAUUUUUAUUUAUUUAUUCCACCCCCACCCCAUUUCCCCCAGUGUCCCCUCCUCGGGAUCCGUGCAUCGCCCCCAUCAUCUCCACCCUGUCACCGCCUGCCCGUGCUGGGGGGGGUGGGGGGGGGGUUGGGAGGGGAU